AUGGCUCCUCCACCCAAUUCUAGCCAGCCUCUCCAGGAGCGGCUGCUCCAGCUGGCCAAGACGCUGCAAUUUGCCUGGUUUGUUGGGCAUAUGACGCUCAUUCUGACCACCAUCCGAUAUGGGUUCUCCUGGUUGCGCAUGAAUUAUUACGGCGGCAUGGCAAAGUUCUCCUACCGCACCUCUUUCCUCGCCGCCGCCGUCACGUACGGCAUCGUCGUUUACAAGACCCAACGAGCUCGAGCCAAGACUGGCAACAAGAUGCCAGGUGGCGUUGUUGGCCUCCUGUCCGAUGAGAACGUCCAGUACUUGCUUAUGGCUCUCGUCUGGCUCUUCUCUCCCCAGUACCCACUUGCGCUGCUCCCGUACUGCGUCUACUCCGUCUUCCACGUCGCCACUUAUACUCGGGCCAACUUGAUUCCCGUUCUCCAACCUCCUCCUCCUGCUGCCGAUGGGACUUCUCCCAAGCGCGUCAGCAGCCCUCUCGCUGAUAGAAUCGGUGCCUUUGUCAAGGAGUACUACGAUGCAUCCAUGUCUAUUGUCUCUGGGCUUGAGAUUCUCCUUUGGAUCCGCAUCUUUCUUUCGGCCAUUUUCUUCCAGCGCCGCUCAUGGAUCUUGAUUACUCUGUACACUGCCUUCCUCCGCGCCCGCUACUCGCAGAGUACCCAUAUUCAAAACUCCAUGUCGCAGCUGAGCGCCAGAAUCGACUCUCUGGUUGGCGCUCAAGGCACUCCCCCUGCGGCUCGACAAGUCUGGGAUAAUGUCAAGAAUAUUGGCCGACAGUUCCGCGACGCCACUGAUCUCGGCAAGUAUACUGGAGGCCCUGCUCCUGCCAAGAAGACGUCGUAG